CCUGCGCACUGUGUCGCUGAGCGCCUCCGCGGCCACCGCCCACCCGCACCUCGCGGGCUCGGGCUCCCCGUGCGCAUGCGUGCUCGCCUUCCUCCCGGCCGCUCUUGGCGGAGUCUGUCAGUCUGUCGGAAGGCGACUCCGGACAGCGAGCUGCGGGGUUGAUCCGUGUCACUCCCACUCUCCCGCCCCUCGGCUCUCUUCUCGCGUCUCCCGCCCUCUCUCGCACAGCCAUGGCGGAGUCGUCGGCGGCCACUCAGUUCCCGUCCGUCUCCUCGUCGUCCUCCGGGGUCGAGUCGUCGGCGCCCGCCGGCGGGAGCUGCCCCGCCCUGGGGGCAAAGAGCUGCGGCUCCUCGUGUGCGGAUUCCUUUGUUUCUUCCUCUCAGCCUGUAUCUCUAUUUUCGACCUCACAAGAGGAAUUGAGCUCUCUUUGUUCUGACAAGCCACCUUUAAAAAUCAUGGCUUCCUCCUUCCUUUCAUCUUCUGAAGUACAUAACCCUGACCUUACAACAGUACUUGGAGAAAAAAGAAAAAUGUUAGGCAGCCAACCUGUAAUAGCCAAAGAAGGAGAAGACCCCUUGCUUCUUCUAGACAUGAAAAGAACAGACACAUCUCAGGGGACUAGCAAGGACGGAGUAGGCGCUCCAUUCUCUCCUGCAGCCGGAGUUGCUUACAGCUGCACUUCCAUUCCAACCAGUUUCCCAGAGCAUCCUGCCUUUCUUUCAAAGGAAGCUGGUCCAGUAGAACAGCAAGUAAUUAAAGACCAAGAACUCAACCUAAGCAAGGUUCUGAGUAGGGAGGCUGGCAGUGCACUGGCUGUGGGGCAGUCUAAAGCAGAAGGUAUUUGUGGGUACUCCUUGUCCCCAUCUGAACUUCCAGGAGGUAGCACAGAAAAAGAUUCCCCUGAAUCACCAUUUGAAGUACUUAUUGACAAAGCAGCAUUUGACAGAGAAUUUAAGGAUUCAUAUAAGGAAUGCACAAAUGAUCUGGGUGGCUGGGCAGUGCACACUGAUGGAGAAUCAUCUGCAGACUUGCUGGAAAGUAAUGACAAAGUGUUUCCAUUGAGAAGUAAAGAGGCGGGGCGUUAUCCAGCCUCUACGUUGCUCACUAGGCAGUUUUCACACACAACAGCAGCUCUGGAAGAGGUGUCUAGAUGUGUGAAUGAUAUGCAUAACUUCACUAAUGAAAUACUGACUUGGGACUUAGUCCCCCAAGUAAAACAGCAGACUAAGUCUUCUGACUGCACCACAAAGAGUACAGGACUUGAGAGGCGUGAACAUCACUCAGAAAUUCCAGUUAUAAAUCUUAAAAUGAACACUCAUCAGAAAAUGCCUGUAUGUUCUCUUAAUGGGAGCACUCCCAUCACCAAACCCACAGGUGACUGGCCAGAAGCAUCUCUCCCUCAAGAAAAUGUUACUGGAAAACCUGUAAGGCACUAUCUCAACUCCACGGAAGAAACCAGUGGCAGAGAUGUGCAAGGCAGUGCACAGAUACAGGGUAAUGUGCUUUCAGAGCUGCCCACAGCUCCAGGUGGGAAACCCAUCGCCCUGAGUUCCGGAGCAGCCACUGUGAAAGUGGUUCUACCCAACCUGAAGGAUGCCGUGAACUGGUCGAACUCUGCACUGGGAGAAGCCACCGAAGCUGAUAGUUCUGGGGAGUCUGACGACACAGUCAUAGAAGACAUCACAGCGGAUACAUCGUUUGAGAAUAACAAACUUCAGCCUGAAAAACCUUCCUCCAUUCCCAGUGCUGUUGCAAAAACAAGUGAAAGGGAACUCAGAGAGAUACCCAGUUGUCAGACUCUGCAAGGUGAAGCGUCCAAACACUCUAGUGGAGGGCCACGUCCAGCUCAACCUGAUACUCUCAGAAGGAGUCCAGAUGGUGGGGAGGCAUGUUCACAAGUACCUGGUACUUCAAGUGAAGUUGCUCCUGGAAAGCCUCCCACGACUGUCAACUCCAAACUUUCUUCAGCAGCACCUCCAGGUACUUUUCUUAAUGAGACAGAAUUCUCACUAACUAUGACCGCCUUUGCCAACUUGGAGCCAUUACAUGGAAAACAUGUUAAAGAUGCAGAUGAUUCUUCCCCAGAGGACUUGCCAACUGCCUUUACAGAAACCCCUGAGAAAGGGAUCGUGGAGGAAGGGGAAGGAAGUGUCUCUAAAGCAGUGUCAGAGACGGCACACUUUCAAAGCACUUGGCCUGUGGUAGUCUUACGGGAAAGUGAGUCAGGAGGUUCUGACAUUAAAGACAUUAAAAGCAAACAUGGUGAACACAGAGAAACAGAUGGAAGUGAGCUUCUGGACACAGUCCCUUCACAAGGUACUCCGGUGGCUUCGCUUGACUUAGAACAGGAGCAGCUCACCAUAAGAGCCCUUAAGGAAUUAGGUGAAAGACAUACCAAAAGGGGGCAGGGCAAAGGAGAAUCUGAAAGAAAACUCAAGCAACCCUUUGUGCCACAGUCCAGGUCACAGAGGUCCUCUGACUUCCUAGAACAUACAGAUGUCAAGACUGGAUCUGAUCUUGGAAUUUCUAAAAAGCCCACUAUCCUCAAAGAAACCAGGGCAGAUUCUAUAUCCAGCCUUAGCAGAACUGAAGCAGUAGGCAAGCGUGUCCUAGCAAGUCUUCUGACAGGCUUCUCAGUUCGCGAUCUGAUUUUCUGGCGAGAUGUGAAGAAGACUGGAGUUGUCUUUGGCACCACGCUGAUCAUGCUGCUCUCCCUGGCAGCUUUCAGUGUCAUCAGUGUGGUUUCUUACCUCAUCCUCGCUCUUCUCUCUGUUACCAUCAGCUUCAGAGUCUACAAGUCUGUCAUCCAAGCUGUGCAGAAGUCAGAAGAAGGCCAUCCAUUCAAAGCCUACCUGGAUGUGGACAUCACCCUGUCUUCAGAAGCUUUCCACAACUACAUGAAUGCCGCAAUGGUGCACGUCAACAGAGCCCUGAAACUCAUCAUUCGUCUCUUUCUCGUAGAAGACCUGGUUGACUCCUUGAAGCUGGCUGUUUUCAUGUGGCUGAUGACUUAUGUUGGUGCCGUUUUUAAUGGAAUCACCCUUCUGAUUCUGGCUGAGCUGCUCAUUUUCAGCGUCCCCAUUGUCUACGAGAAGUACAAGACCCAGAUUGAUCACUAUGUUGGCAUCGCCCGGGAUCAGACCAAGUCAAUUGUUGAAAAGAUCCAAGCAAAACUUCCUGGAAUCACCAAAAAAAAGGCAGAAUAAGCACAUGGAAGCCAGAAGUGCACCAGCUACUACAGCACCACGUAAUAGUUAUAGCAUCGUUAUUUGUACUAUGGCGGAACUUGCUCAGUGUCAGCUUGAGCCUACAUUCCAACUUGUUUUUUCGUUUGGUGACUUCUCCCAUCCUUCCCCAUCCCCUCAGUAUCAAGCACAAGAAGCGUUGGACUGAAAAAAAGAACAGAUAUCUUAGAGCCCCGAAGAAUAAAGAAUGAAUCAAAUUAAUAGAAUUAAUCAGACCUUAACGGUGGUGCUUUUACCUGUAGCAUGAAGGGGGAAACAAAGAGAACAUGUCUCUUACAUCCUCUAUCCAGUUCCCAGGACUAGACUACAAAGCUCCCAUUAUGAUUUUGCCCUUAUUUUUAUGUUAAGAAAUAAUGAUUAACUUAUGAAGAAGUAAUUUGGGGCAGGAGUGGGUCCUUCCAUUGGGUCUGUGGCCCUGCAGUCCCACCUCCUGCCUCACAAUGUGAGCAGUUUCUAAUGUUCGCCUCUCUUAGAGAUAGACCUUUCACUCUUGAGUAACCUACAAGUGAUAGUGGUAAUUCCCUAGUCCCAGAAUGCCAUCAGAGAAGUAACAAUGGGAUGGAGGAGUCAGCAGGAGGGCAGCAAGGCCACCCUCCCUCUGUGGGGAGGGAGGGCAGAGUCCAAGCUCUUUGUCUAGGAUACCAGUGUUGGUUUGAGAACUCAGUCCAGAGUGUGCUUUCCCCUGUUCCCUGCCCACCUUACCUCAAGUUUAAUAAAUAUGGUUGUGCUUUUCUUAUUACAAAAUAAAUGUCUGUAACUGCUGUACACUGCUGUAAACUUGUUAGAGAAAAAAGAUUCUGCAUGUGGGCUUCCCAGUUACUGAGCAGUUGUAAUCCUCUCUGUGGGGUGGGGACGUUUCUCCUGAGAAUGACUACAGACACACAGAAGCCUUCCUUCCUGGUUCCUUCCCUGCUGAUUCCUUCUCCUGGCUGAAUCCACUUGUGCUUAUCAGUUUAGCCUGAGGACCAAAGUCCUGCUGGCCAGAGACCAUUUGUGUGUAGUUCUGGAGGCCACAGAUGGAGGGAAGUGCAGUUCCUGGUUCAUGUGCACUGUGAGAGCUUGAGGUCAGCUUAUAAGUAUGUGUUGUUCUGAGGGUGCUCUGCACUUCCACACACAUAAGAUGGUGUCGUUCCUGCCAUGGCCCUGGGUGCGCCUUUGGAGAGUGUUUUCCAGUCAGGCAGGGCCAGGUGAUGUCGACAGACAGUAGAACACACGUUGACAUCAGUAGAAGGUGACUGGGAAUCUUGGAUUCCCAUCUGAGACUCCCCUUCAGCAUAGAAAUCCAGUCAACUUGAAAACAGUUGUCCAGGAGUUCCCUCAGCUCAGUUCUGCCUGUUGGAAGAUAGUUUGAACUGAGGCACUUUAAGGGCUCCCGAAUUUGAUGGUCCCAGGGUUGUGCAACUCUACUGAGUGGGACCUCUUUCCCCUCUGGGAAACUAGAGUCUGCAUAGGUGAGAGGUGCCUCUGCCUUGCUCCAUUUUCUGAUUUUGUUCUCUUCCCACUCCACUUCAUUUUGAAUGUUUUAACUGGUUUCUGUUGUAGAAAACACUCUCCAUCACCAUCCUCUGCCCUCCAGGAAGUGAAUGCAUGGAUGGUCUUCCAGGCUUCCCUCCAAAGGACCCCUUGCUGCACUGGAAGCCUCCACACCUGGCUCUCUUCUUUUGUUGCUGCUGUGUUAUAAUUGGAGAGAAUUUUGUGCCGCGCAGGAAUUUUUUUUUUUUUUGAGAAAAAUCUAUAGGUGAAAAAAUUACUAAUGAAAUUGUGUACGUGUCUGUGCGUGCAAUAUAUAAAAAUGCAGUAGUACUCGAGGAGCUCCAAUUUUGGUUCCUGUAAAACUGCAAAGUGAUGUAUUAAAAAAAAUAAAGAACACAGUGACUGUCA